CUCACCAGCAUGUCUACGAGACCACUACGCAAACAGCUUUCUUGGCUGCUUCUUGGAAUCCUUCUUGCCACAACGAGUACCUCACAAGCUCAAAAUAAUCCUUGCCAGCAGUCACAACAGCUAUGUCUGAACGGUGCGAUAUGUCGUCCGGCUUAUCUCAACCCGGGGUACAUAUGCGAGUGCCAAGGAAGCUGGCAAGGACAGAACUGCGAGCAGAGACUCCCGGGAUUGUCACCGUCAAUUCCUAAAGAGUGUGGCAGUAAUUUCUACAGUGACUCUGGCGUCAUUACCACGACAAACUUCCCACUGCCGCCGAAUGACAACGAAGACUGUUUCUACAUCGUUCGGAUACCUUCGGCCGAGUCGAUUACUUUUUUCUUUGACGUCUUCCUUUCUGAGAAUCAUAAAGAUGGGUUGAUCAUCUAUCCUGGCACCACAGUGAAUGAUCAAUCAUCAGAUCUACGGACGUAUAUUGGAACUGACCAAAUCGCUCCACAAACAUUCAACACUAACCAGGUAGUGUUGUACUGGUAUACAGACUUCAAUGUUCCAAGUGGAGGCUUUUCAAUCAGAUAUGAAGCCGAUCCUGAUCCUUGUUGGGUUAAUCCAUGUCAAAAUGGGGGUUUUUGUAAUAGAAUCGGCAGCACUGGGACCAAUGGGUACCAGUGCACCUGUCUCCUAGACUUCAGCGGAGUCAACUGUGAAAUAGGCACCGUAAUCGUUUCACAGACCGCCAUCAGUGUGAGCUCCGGUAUUCCUGUUAUUCAGGGUCGUCUCAGUCAGAGCUUCACCUUUGACCUGACCUUCUCACCGGGUCAAACCCAGUUCCUCCUCACGGGAACUGGUCUGUGGAGCGUCACGUUGCUCUUGAGGAAUAAUUUAGGAAAUCAAGUCGCAACACAGAAUGUCAAUCUUAACAGUCAGCAGGGCAGCGUUCAAUGGCGCCCACCAGCAGCCUCCACCAUCUUCACCUUACAGUCUACGCUGAACACCAACUCCUUGUCCUGUACGCAGGUGGCAUCCGUCUGCGGCGUGAUCGGGCGUGGUCAGAGCCCCUCUACACCCUUCUCGAUCCGUGGGGUUCAGGGAAGUCCCUCUCUGGUUGGAUGUACCUCAGUCCAGUGCAGAGGUCUUGAAAUCACCCGGGUGGAUUUUGGGGGUAACCUCCGAACCCUCCGCGAGGGCGUCAACAACCAGAUCAUUCAGUUUGACUUCACCGCGUACACCAACCCCCAAGCAGGCCAGGUGUCCGGCACCAACCUCUGGAAGUUCACCCUCUUCGGGAGCACCCAGUCCAACGGACAAGGCCCCAGGGUCUUGACCAGGACCCUGACGCUAAAUCAGGGCCAGUCGAACGCUGUCCCAGGACUCAACGGGAACAUUCAGUUCUUGGGGUUGGAGACGACGCUCAGUUUGAAUGGCCUGAUAUGCACCCAAGUGCAGUAUAUCUGCGUAACCCUCAGCAAAGGGGAUAACCCUUCGCCAGAUUUCACGAUGAGCGGAACGCCGUCGGAUGCGGUGCUCACGGUCUGCCAGCCUACUACGUGCAGAGGAGUGCAAGUCACUGACACCAGCAUAUCUGUAACAUCUGGUACCACACUGCUUGAGCGUCAAUCCAACACAAUCGGGUUUACUCUCUCCAUCUUCACCAGCUCCUCCGGGGGCAGUGUCAGCGGUCAGAAUCUCUUCAACAUCCACACAUUCGGCAGUAAUACCCCGACGGGAACCAGCAGUAGGAUUUCCGAGCGUGACGUUCCGGGCAACAUUGGCAUCACAGCGGGUGUGGUCGCAGUCAUCCCGAAUCUUUCCACCAUGGUGGACCUGAACAACCUCCUGUGCCAACAGGUGGUUGCCCUGUGCACCGAGUUGUCUAAGGGCUCCAACGCCAAUCCAGACUUCACCCUGGAACCUGUACAGUCCACAGACGCACUGCAAGACUGUGUCAACAUGGAAUGCAGAGGUGUGUACAUCAGUGGAAUGACCCUCAACCCCACGGUCAACAGGCAGCUCCUGUACGGCAACAGGAACCACGAGUUGACCUUUAACCUACGCAUUCAAGCUGACUCCCCUAGUGCCAGCAUCUCUGGAUCUAACCUCUGGCAGCUCGUAAUCUUUGCCAGUAACCAACUCAACGGACUGGGUCCGAGGAGGGGUCAAGCUGUGGUCACGCUGACCCAGAGCCAGUUGAACGCGGCACUUACUGAAGGGGGCCAGAUUAACUUCAAUAACUUACAGGUUACGAUGGAUCUGAGCUCUGUGACAUCCUGUGCUGAGAUCAUCUACUUAUGUGUGCAGCUUCAAAAGGGCCAGGCGCCCAACCCUGAUUUCACCCUACAAGGCAAUACAGUCCAGUGUCUCAAUGUUGAAUGCACAAGCUAUGAUCCCUGCGUUUCCAACCCCUGCCAAAACAAUGGACUCUGCAGCCAAAAUGGAAACUCAUACACAUGCGCUUGCAGCAAUGGAUGGUCCGGUACAUUAUGUGGAACAGCUGUAAAUGCUUGCCUGAACCACCGGUGUGAGAAUGGAGCAGUCUGUAUAAACAAACAGUUCAGCUAUGAUUGCACGUGUACAUUCGGAUGGACAGGAAACUUCUGCCAGCUUGAAGACAGUGGAGUCAUUCUCUCUGGUAUUCAACUCUUUCUGGCCAACCUCGGCCUCCGAGAGGGCACCACCAACAACAACCUCAACUUCAAUCUCAUCCUAUCGAGUGAUGCCUCGGGGCAGACCAUCACAGGCACGGGUCUCUGGUCCUUCAACGUGUUCGGAAGCACCCAGCUGGACGGAAGCGGGCAACGCUACGCCUUGUCCACAGCACUGUACAACUCUGUCCUGGCCACCCAGUUGACCGCCGGUGGCAUGCUGGCCAUCAACGGAGUGCAAGUCAGUCUGGACUUGAGCCAGGUGGUCUGUAGCCAGGUGCCUUAUCUCUGCGUUGAGGUGAUGCCAGGGGCGUCGGCGUCACCAGCUUUCCGGCUGAGCGGGGACCGGGUGGAGUGUGCCCAGAUCAACUGCCAGGGUGUUGAUAUAACCAACACACAACUUCAAGUCACAUCCAGCAACAUAGUCUUAGAACGUGAUUCCAGCAACGCGCUCAACUUAGACAUGACCAUCACAACGAGCCCUACGAGCGCAGGAGUCACCGGGCUUCGUCUCUGGAGGGUUACAACCUUCCUCAGCAACCAGCCGGACGGCGGUGGUACCCAGUUUGGUCAGAGCGUCAUCCAGUUGUCCGAUGCACAGUCUGGGCUUAAUCUCGUACCCGGUCAAGCGGCCGUCAUGUCGGCGCUGAGAAUAAGCGCCAAUGCCGCCAGCUUGAUGUGUGGUCAGUUUGGCUAUAUAUGCACUCGGCUUGAGAAGAGCCCUACUGCUACCAUUGACUUCACUCUCAACAGACCCUCUUAUACGGCGUGUGCUCCUGUCACUUGCAAAGGUGUCGAGAUCACUGACGUUGUUGGAACCAUUUCAUCCGGUGUUCCCGUUCACUCAGACACCCCCAACAACGUCGUUGAGUUUGACAUCACAGUUUCUUCUAAUCCGACUGGAGCCAGCAUCAAUGGAGCCAACCUGUGGGAGGUCCUAGUGUUCAGCGACGCACAGGUUGACGGACAAGGCCAAACUGUCAUCCAGCAAAGCGCUAACCUCCCAGGCAGUUCCGGCAGCAUCUUCCUACAAGCUGGGAUCGACAUGGUCAUCCGAGGGGCUCAGGUCACCCUGAACCUCAAUGGGAUCUCCUGCAACCAGAUCCCAUAUAUCUGCGUCCAGCUUCGAAAGGCGCCCAACCCUAGCCCGGAUUUCACCUUCACCCCUGUACCUUCGGACGACGUCCUGGUACACUGUCAACGAUUAAAUUGCAAUGCUUGUCGAAGCCAGAACUGUCUGAACGGCGCUGUGUGUGUAGAUAUUGAUCCCGGUCUGUUUAGAUGUGAAUGCACACCAGGAUGGACUGGAACGUACUGUGGUAUAGUUGCCGACUAUUGUCUGACUACAACACCCUGUCUGAAUGGUGGACAGUGUGUCAGCCAAUCUAGCAACACCUACCAGUGUACAUGUCCGCAACAGUGGAUUGGUUUACGCUGCCAAACAGACAAUCCGUGCCUACCGAACAAUCCUUGCCUGAAUGGAGGUACCUGCUCCACUGAUCAGAAUGGAAUCUACACUUGCACCUGCAUCAAUAACUACAUCGGACAAAACUGCCAAAUAGCACCAAACCCUUGCGUUAGUACCCCUUGCCAAAAUGGGGGUAUCUGUGAGCGAAUCGGCCUAGGGUCCAACUAUGAAUGCCUCUGCACGUUUGGCUUUGAAGGACAGUUCUGUGAAACUCUACUAGAUCCCUGCGUUAGUAGCCCAUGCCUGAACGGAGGUAACUGUAGCGGAAUUGACAUGACCUAUGUCUAUGAGUGUCAAUGUACCGAGGAGUACGAAGGCAUCAACUGCCAAUCCAGGAAAAAUCCCUGCGCCAAUAAUCCUUGCCUUAAUGGUGGUGUAUGCAACCAGAUCGGAACAAACUACCAGUGUGCUUGCGACGUAGGGUACACUGGAACAAACUGUGGAAUUCUAAUCAAUCCUUGUGACAAUAACCCAUGCCUAAACAACGGUCAGUGUUUCUGGAGUGGUUCCAGCUUUGUGUAUCAAUGCCAGUGCGCUUCGGGCUACAGUGGAGACAACUGCCAGAUAUACAAUUUGUGUCUAAACUUCCCGUGCCAGAAUGGAGGUGUUUGCUCCCAGGCUGGUUCCUCCUUCACUUGUCAAUGUGCACCGGGUUACACUGGUAACACUUGCUCAACAGUAAUAAAUUUUUGCCAGACCAACAUCAACCCAUGCCAGAAUGGAGGCACAUGCGUAUCCUUCGGAACUAGUUACCAAUGUCAGUGCCUUGCGGGUUACACUGGUAACCAAUGUACAACUGUCAUAAUAAAUUUGUGUCUAAACUUCCCGUGUCAGAAUGGAGGUGUUUGCUCCCAGGCUGGUUCCUCAUUCACGUGUCAAUGUGCACCGGGUUACACUGGUAACACUUGCUCAACAGUAAUAAAUUUUUGCCAGACCAACAUCAACCCAUGCCAGAAUGGAGGCACAUGCGUAUCCUUCGGAACUAGUUACCAAUGUCAGUGCCUUGCGGGUUAUACUGGUAACCAAUGUACUACUGUCAUAAUAAAUGUGUGUCAAAACUUCCCGUGUCAGAAUGGAGGUGUUUGCUCCCAGGCUGGUUCCUCCUUCACGUGUCAAUGUGCACCGGGUUACACUGGUAACACUUGCGCAACAGUAAUCAAUUAUUGCCAGACCAACAUUAACCCAUGCCAGAAUGGAGGCACGUGCUUAUCUGUUGGAACUAGUUACCAAUGUCAGUGUAUUGCGGGUUACACUGGUAACCAAUGUACUACUGUCAUAAUAAAUGCGUGCGUAAGCAUGCCGUGUCUGAAUGGUGGUGUGUGUUCCCAGUUUGGCUCAGGGUACCAGUGCCAGUGUCAGCAAGGGUACAGUGGUGUUACUUGUGGUAUAGUACAGAACGUUUGCUUCACCAGCAACCCUUGCCAGAAUGGAGGCACGUGCUUAUCCAUCGGAACUAGUUACCAAUGUCAGUGCAUGGCAGGUUAUACUGGUAGCACCUGCGCUAACAUAGUAAUAAAUCCUUGUCUGAACAACCCAUGUCAGAACGGUGGUGCAUGCCAGAGUGGGACUGGGUCAACUUAUACGUGUCAAUGCUUGAUUGGGUACACAGGACUUAACUGCCAAACCCAAUUGACCGGAUGUGCAAGCAACCCGUGUAUGAAUGGAGGCAAUUGUUUACAAGUUGGAUCCGGGUACCAAUGUCAGUGCUUAGCGGGUUACACAGGAACUAGGUGUAGCAUAUCUCUAAACCCUUGUGACAGUAACCCGUGUCAGAACAAUGGGAAUUGUAACUGGUUUAAUCCAAGCUUCAUCUAUCAGUGCCAGUGCCAACCGUCCUACACCGGUGACCGAUGUGAAACAUUACUGGAUGGCUGUAUCAGUUCUCCAUGCUUCAACGGGGCCACCUGUCGAUCACUGGGCACAAACUUCCAAUGUCAAUGUGCACCAGGCUACAGUGGUGACUUCUGUACUCAACCUAUAAAUCCGUGUGGGAGUAACCCAUGCCUCAAUGGAGGCGUGUGCAGCUGGCUGAGUCCAAACUUCAUUUAUCGUUGUCAGUGCUCGCAAGGGUACACUGGUCUGAACUGUGGUAGUGUUAUUGACCCUUGUGCGAGUAGCCCUUGUUUAAAUGGAGCCACGUGUCGUUUGCUGGGGACCAAUUUCCAGUGUCAGUGUGCUGCAGGAUACAGUGGAAGCCGAUGUAGCACAAUGCUAAAUCCAUGCGAUGCUUUCCCUUGUCUGAACAAUGGUUUUUGUCAGUGGUUUGGCGUACCGAAUGUCUUUACAUGUCAAUGUACCCUUGGUUUCUUUGGGCUCAGAUGUAAUACACCACUGGAUCCUUGCGAUAGCAACCCAUGUCAGAACAGUGGUUUCUGCAACUGGCAAAGACCCAACUAUGCCUACCAGUGUCAAUGCCCUCCAACCUUCACCGGUACCAACUGUCAAACUCCGAUUGGUCCGUGUUUCUCUAAUCCAUGUAUGAACGGAGGGCAGUGUUUCACCAGCAACUCGGGGGCCGGCUAUUUCUGCAACUGCUUGGGGAACUACAAGGGAAUUAACUGCCAGUAUCCAGAACCGUGUUCUUCCAACCCGUGUUUAAAUAACGGCGAUUGUAACUCACCCCUCACUGGAUCCAGUUAUUCUUGCACUUGCUUAAGCAGUUACCAGGGACCAAACUGCCAGUAUCCAAAUCCCUGUAGCUCACAGCCAUGCCAGAAUGGAGGGCAGUGUAUAUCCAGUUCAUUUGGGACAUCAUUCCAAUGCAGUUGCCUUUCGAACUACUUGGGCGUCUUUUGCCAAAUUGGUAAUCCGUGCAGUUCCAACCCUUGCCUCAAUAAUGGAGUGUGUAGAACAGACACUACCGGCUCAAGCUACUUCUGCAACUGUGUCAACAACUUUAUCGGAUCCCAGUGCCAGUUCACAGAUCCGUGUCUAUCGAACCCGUGUCUGAACGGAGCGAUCUGCUCGCAGGCAAACAGCGGGCAAACCUACACAUGUAGCUGCAUUAAUGGAUUCUUCGGAGUCAAUUGUGAAACUCCAGAUCCAUGCAGAUCCUUUCCCUGCUUGAACGGCGGUAAUUGCAUCAUUACCAAUGGUGGCUUUAGCUACAACUGCAACUGCCCACAGCAGUAUAUGGGAGUAACCUGUCAAUACCCCAAUCCGUGUUCCUCCAAUCCGUGUCUGAACGGAGGUUUCUGUGAGUCCCACCCUAUGGGAAUCAGCUACACAUGUAGCUGUCCAGCAAACUUUCAAGGCGUGAACUGUGCAAUCAGAAAUCCCUGCGACUCCAACCCCUGUCUUAACGGCGGAGUUUGCCAGUUGGGUUUGAACGGUAACUCUUUCGUCUGCAAUUGUCAGCCACAAUACAUGGGACUGCGCUGUGAGAACCUAAAUCCCUGUCUGCAGCAGCCUUGCCUGAAUGGUGGGACGUGUACGCCCUUAUCACAGGGCUUGGAGUAUCGGUGCAGCUGUCUGCCUUCAUUUUUCGGGAUCACCUGCGAGAUUAGAGAUCCUUGCAGCUCCAGCCCAUGUCUGAACGGAGGAGUCUGUAACCCAACGGCAUCCGGCUACCUCUGUAUUUGCCCUUCAGGUUUCAACGGAAUCAAUUGCAACAAUAUGAAUCCAUGCGGUGGGAACCCGUGCCAGAAUGGUGGAUCAUGCUUUGAGAGUGCUUCACAAAACGGCUUCUUCUGUCGAUGCACCUCUGCCUACAUCGGAGACACCUGCACAAUUCCUGACCUGUGUAGUUACGAACCAUGCCAGAAUGGGGGUACAUGCACCAAUAACCCAACCGGCACGGAUUACUCCUGCGAGUGUCCGUUAGGAUAUAUCGGCGUCCGAUGCGAGGAGUUUAAUCCUUGCAUCUCCAAUCCGUGUCGUAACGGUGGUACGUGCAACAGAGACAACCAGGGCACCAUCUAUUCCUGUAUCUGCCCAACUGGGUACGCAGGAACAAACUGCGAGUUUGGUCCUAAUUGUUUCUCUGCGAGUGACUUCCGAUGCGGAAGCGGCGAGUGCAUCCCUUUAUCCCGUCAAUGUGACACCAGCUUUGAUUGCCGAGACGGCUCGGACGAGAAUAACUGCCAGAUGCCCUGUACCUCCCUGGAGUUCACCUGCGCUCCGGGCGUCUGCAUCAGCCGCAAUCUAAUCUGCAAUGGAAUCAACAACUGCGUUAAUGGACUGGAUGAACAGAACUGUCCGUCACCGUGUGAUUCGGGGCCGUGUCUGAAUGGAGGGGCCUGUCGUAAUGUCGGAACAAGCUUCAUCUGUACUUGCACGUUUGGAUGGACGGGAGAUAGAUGCUCUAUACAAACAAGCGGCUCCAAUGACCCCCCGCGUUUUGACGAAUCCUCCAUCGUUAUCAACAUACCAGAAAGUACUUCUGCAGGUAGCAAUGUCUUCCACUUGGACGCCAUUGACCCUGACAGCGCGUCGUUGACCUUUAAUCUCCACGAUAACGUAGCGCAGCAGCUGUUUAUCGUCGUUCCAGACGGUCCGAACGGAGCGUGGCUGACCCUGAAGCAGCAGUUAGACAGAGAGGAACAACACAUCUACAACUUCUUGGUGUCAGUCACGGAUGGUUUUAACGAGGUCCAACAAAGUGGAACUCUACUACUCUCUGAUGUCAACGACAACGCACCGGUCUUUGUCAACCUUCCCAAUACGACGACGGUUCACGAGAACGUCAACUUCGGGUACAAUGUUUUCACCGUCAUGGCCACUGAUCAAGACGCUCUGUUGGCUAAGAUCGUCCAGUAUUCCAUCUCUGAAGAUACGCCCGGACCGUUUAGCAUCCACCCAGUCACGGGCGUCAUCACUGUCUCGGGCAACUUGGAUUAUGAAACAAAUGAGGUCUACAAUAUCAAGAUCAUCGCAAGAGACUCUGCAACCAACAGCCUCAGUUCAGAGAGCUUUCUGACCAUCAACGUAGUUGAUGUACAAGAUGCUGGGCCCGAGUUCCUCAACACACCUUAUGAUAAAGCCAUUGAUGAAGGCACACCAGUGAACACCGUUAUUCAGCAGGUGGUGGCUAUGGACAGGGACACGCUGAAUCCCAACUCCAUUACCUACGACAUUAUCUCAGGCAACCAGGGGUCGUUCUUUGCGCUGAACCCUAACACGGGUGAAAUCACAGUCAUCAGAGAGUUGGAUCGUGAGGAUCCAAACCUACCCUCAUCGGUAGAAUUCAACAUCAGGGCAACUGAAGUUGGUCCGGGCGGUGGACAAUCUGCCUUCACCACCUUCAACAUCGUCAUCAAUGAUCUGAACGAUGAACCUCCGAUGUUUGACCAAUCGGUUUAUUCAGUCAGUGUCUCAGAGGCUGAGCUUCCUGGGUUCAUCUUACCAGUCAGCAUUCUCGUUACUGAUGGUGAAGCGAUGAUCCAAGGGAAUUUCCGUAUCACCCUCCAAAACGGCAACACUGUCCCGUUCUCUGUCUCCCCCUCGUCAGCAGUGGACCAGGCCAGUGUGACCUUGACCCUGAUUCGUCCAUUGGAUUAUGAGUCAAUUAAGAUGUAUAAUCUCCAGCUCUUUGCUGAAGAUUCCGCUACCAGUAGUGCCACCGUGGUUGUCACGGUAACUGACGCUAACGACAACAACCCACUCUUCAGCAACCAGCUUCAACCAAUAACGUUGACAGAAGGCUCACCUCAGAACACGCCUGUUAUCACGCUCUCCACGACUGACGCAGACGAAGGAACCAACGCCGUCACGAGAUACAGGAUCACUGGUGGGAACCAAGGCAAUUUGUUUUCCAUCAAUCCAACGACUGGCGUGAUCACGACGACGUCCAAUGUUGAUUUUGAGAACUCAGCUCAGACUUACACUCUUACUAUCGAGGCGUACAACACUGCACCCGCCGUGCCACCAGCGACUGGCGUCAGUGUCGCUACGUUGGUGGUAUCCAUUGAAGAUAUCAAUGACAAUCCGCCCAUAUUUCAACCGUCAGUCUAUGACAGGACGGUGUAUGAGGAUGCCGAAACCGGUCGUACAAUAAUCCGAGUGUUUGCCAGUGAUGCCGAUGCCGGCCCUGCAGGGGAAAUCAGGUACUCCAUCAUUGGAGGCAACGUAGACGGUUCAUUUUCAAUCGACGCUCUAACCGGUGAUGUGAUCCUCCGGAAUCGACUCGACCGUGAGAUCUUGGAUUUCUACGACAUCAUCAUCCGCGCUGAGGACAACGUGGUGCCCUCACAGUCUGCGACCGCUCACCUGACGAUCACGGUUGGAGACUCUAACGAUAACAGUCCACAGUGGAGUCAGCUUCAGUAUAUGACGUCCAUCUUCGAAGGACUGCCGGCGAAUACUUUUGUCACUCAGGUAUCAGCAUCGGACAUCGACCUGGGUAUGAAUGCCAAGCUGCAGUACUAUCUGGCUACACCCAGCCAGUACUUCUGGAUCAAUCAGACGACGGGUCAGAUCUACACCAGUAUGCCACUCGAUCGGGAACUGAUGGAGUCUAUAACACUCAACGUCAUGGUUAGAGAUUUGGGUAAUCCACAACGCAACUCCGCCCAGCCUGCCAUGGUCAUGGUCACUGUACUUGAUGUCAAUGACACGCCGCCAACGUUCACUGGUAUCCCGUACAACUUUGAGGUUGCUGAGAACAGACCGUUUGGGACCUUCGUAGGACAGGCCUCAGCCAUGGACCCGGACACCAUUGGCACUCUAAUCUACUCAAUCACUUCCCAAACUUCAAACUUCUUCAUCAACCCGGCCAACGGCCGUAUCACCACGAUCAAUUCCCUCGACCGUGAGCAGCUGUCUAGCUACGAGUUUGAGGUCCAGGUGACCGACGGGAUACACACAGCGACAGAGGUCGUCUCUGUCACGGUAACGGAUGAGAAUGACAAUGAUCCGGUGUUCACCGAGGGUAACUUGUACGAACUGACCGUUGAGGAGAAUAUGCUUUCUGGAUUAAUACUCAGACUGCAAGCAACAGACGCUGAUGAAGGUCUAAACAAGAAGAUCGUCUACCAGUUUGACCCGACCAGCAACCCACCCUUGGGUCUCUUCUUCCUUGACCAGGAGACGGGGGAGCUACGCACCACCGGGUCUCUGGAUCGUGAGGUCCAGGGUAUGUACACGCUGAUUGUUGUCGCCAAAGAUCGUAAUGGCGAGGCUGGGGGGCGCUCUAGCGUUGCUACUGUCCUCGUCACGGUGACCGACACCAAUGACAACAGACCGUACUUUGAUCUGCAGAGUUACUCGCAGUCCGUUCCUGAGGAUAUACCGCAAGGUGGUUUUAUAACAAAGGUCGAAGCAAUUGACAGAGAUCUUGACGCGAAUGCCGUCAUCUUGUACCGCAUCAUCGCAGGGAAUGAAGAGAACCACUUCAGCAUCGAUGCCAACGGGACGCUCACACGAGGGCCAGUGCCACUGGACAGGGAGACUAAGACAUUCUAUCAGCUGACUGUAGAGGCGUACAACGCCGGCGACUCACAGCCGAGAAAUACCGCAACCGUAACCAUCACGGUAACCGACGUGAACGACGAGGUACCAGUCUUCACUCAGAAUGUCUACCUCCGGCCUGACCUUAGCGAGAAUGCCCUCGGAGGGGCGCAUGUAGCGACCGUGUUGGCCAAUGAUCCCGACUUGGGGUCUGGAGGGCAGGUUUUAUACAGCCUCACUGGAGGCAAUACCAAUUUCUUCUUCAUCGACUCCCAAAACGGCAUCAUCACGGUCCAGGGUUCACUUCCCGGCUAUGACGUCCAGCAGACCUACAACCUGACGGUCACAGCGACCGAUCAAUCUCAACCGUUCCACACAUCUACGUCCACCGUCAUGGUCCACCUAGUCGACGCCCAGGACGACCCACCAGAGUUCACCACUGACAAGUAUGAGGUGCACUUAAAUGAGAACAUGGGUCAAGGGUACCCAUUUUUACAGAUUGAUGCUUCGAUACCGGGCAAGCCAAAUAUACCGGUGACGUACAGUCUGGGACCCAAUGUCAACCCCAUUAUUUUGGAGCUGUUUGAGUUGGAUGCCACAACGGGUAUGCUUACUACUAAGAGACCGAUUGACUUUGAGGCAGGACAGAAUCUUUACACCUUCACCGUCUUGGGAGAAAGUGACGGAGUCCUGCCAGGCUCCUCUGCAGUUUGGGUGUACAUCGAUGACGUGAAUGACAACAACCCGGUGUUUGUCAACCCCCCGACGGAUGUCACCGUUACCGAGAACGUCAACCCUGGAUUCAUCUUCACAACGGUGACUGCAACUGACGCAGACUCUGGACAAAAUGGAGAGUUGAUAUACACCAUCACCGGUGGGAACCAGCAAAAUCACUUUGAUUUAGUGACCGAUGUGAACGGAGCGACGCACAUCGCGACUUCAACAUCGCUGGAUCGCGAGACUAUUGAGAACUACAUACUGACUAUCACGGCUGCAGACAAGGGUGAACCUACACGCAACUCCUCAAUCGACAUCGCAGUGAACGUUGGAGAUGUUAACGACAACGCACCGAUGUAUAAUCAGACGAUCAACACUGCAUCUGUGACAGAGAAUACUUUCAUCAACAUUCCUGUCGGCACCAUCGUGUUCUCCGACAACGAUCUGGCGUCCUCCAACAACAUCGAGUUCUACAUUGACGACACGUCCAACCCCGGCGGGAUCUUCCAGAUCAACUCCCUGGGGCAGAUCACAAUGACGGGGCCGCUGGACCGAGAGCAGCAGGCAUUCUAUGACCUGGUGGUGGUGAUGAGGGAUCAGACGUACAACGCAGGAUUUAGUGAAACGUCUCACUUCUAUAUUAACGUCACGGACCAGAACGACAAUCAACCAAUAUUCCCGCCCCAGCCUCCUGUCAUCGUGACGGAGGGUCCUUCGUCAACCGGUAACAUUUUUGUCACCGUUACGGCCGACGACAAUGACUUUGGGGAGAACUCCAACGUCAUCUAUACCAUCACUGGUGGGAAUGCGGACGGCAUCUUUGGAAUCCAUCAGAAUAAUGGGUCAGUCUAUGUCAUCAAAGAACUGGACUGGGAGACUACUAAGAACUAUGAGCUGAUUGUCACGGCAACAGACCAGGCUGGGAAUGUCAACGAUCGAAGAACUGGAACAGUCACUGUGACAGUAAAUGUUGACGAUAUUAACGACACACCUCCGGUAUUCCCCUUGGAUUACUAUGGGCCGUACAGCUUCUUCGAAGGAGUGUCAGGCACCUACAUUGGUACCUUCGUAGCGUCGGACUCCGACAGUGGCCUGGGUGGAGAGAUUACAUACACUCUCAUCGGAAACUUGAGCAACCUGUUCUUUAUACAUCCGGAUACUGGUGUUCUCACUUUGAAGCCAACGGCUGAAUUGGACUACGAGUUUGUCUCAGACUUUAACCUCACAAUCACUGCUACGGAUGCAGGGACACCCUCUUUCAGUGGAAAUACCACUGUUGGAAUCAACGUUCUCAACAUCAACGAUCACAGCCCUCAAUUCAUCGGUACCCCGUACAGAGUCAGUAUCAACGACACCGAAGCGAUAGGAUCCUUGGUCUACAACGUAGUGGCCACUGAUUUAGACAGUGGUCCUGACGGUAACAUCACCUACAGUAUCUUUGAUGGGAACACAGGGGAGAUGUUCUGGAUCAACCCUCUGACUGGUAAUGUCUACGUCAACAAAACCUUGACCAACGGCGUAUACACACUCAUCGUCAAGGCCAAGGACAACCCACUGAACCCACAGAACUCUAAAGAGGUAACCGGAACGUUGACUAUUCUUGUGACUGAUUCGACUAGCACCAUUCCAGUACUCAUCAAUAACGGCUCGUUCAAUGCAGAUGUGUUUGAACACUCACCUGAAGGGACCUACGUCACGACUGUAGCUGUGGCCAACCCGGCUGAUGUUGGUCAGCUGACGUAUAGCAUAAGUGGACCAGACGCCGCUCCAUUCUUCAUCAACCCUGUCACAGGUAUCAUAACAGUCAGUGGUGUGCUAGACAUUGAAGUCAAGGACAAUCAUAUCUUUGAAGUCACUGCCAUCGGUGCAAGCGGAGUCAGCGCCACAGGAACUGUGGCUGUUACCAUCCUCAACAUCAACGACUACCCUCCGGUAAUCGGUCAGACAUUCAACUUCUCUGUUCCAGAGGAUGCUACGAACGAUCAUUUCGUGGGUGUGGUCACGGCCACCGAUCAGGACUACGGCAGCACCACCUUCCACUUUUCCAUCGUCAGUGGCGGCGAAGAUAAAUUUGCCAUCAACCCUGACGACGGCACCAUCACCGUCUCUGCCGUCUGCCGCGGCGACGUCUGCGACGAAACCCCGCUCGACCGCGAGAUCCAAGACCUGUACACCCUCAACGUCCAGGUUUCGGAUCUCGGCAGUCCCUUGCUGAGCACUCAGGAGAUCGUGUACAUCCACGUGACGGACGUCAACGAUUUCAGACCGGCGUUUGACUUCACCAAUAUUGUCGUCAGUGUGGAGGAGAACUCCAUGUUGAAUAAGCCCAUCACGACGGUUCAAGCGAUCGACCAGGAUCUGUCCGCUAAUUUGAUGUACAUUAUUGAGUCUGUGACAGCCACUGACAUGUUCGGCAACACUCCGACCAUAGAUGUCUCGCAGUGGUUCAGCGUUAAUUCAACAAGUGGGGUGGUGUACGUCAGCGGUCAGCUUGACAGAGAGAAUGCAUCGGAGGUUAUCUUGACGAUCUCCGGCCUGGACUUGGCCUCGAACGAUGCAGCUACUAGCACCACAGAUCCUGAUGCCACUGUGACCAUCACCAUCACAGACGUCAAUGAGCAUGGCCCGGUCUUCCAGCCCGAUGGGACGACCGUCAUCUCCACAUCGGUCCAGGAGGAAUCCAAUGUGGGUACGAUCAUCAUCAACACUGUAGCCAUCGAUCCAGAUAACCCUAUCAAUGGAAUGGUCACCUACAUGUUGACAGGAAACUUCUCGCAGUACGCUGAGAUCAACCCCACCACGGGACAAAUCACCGUGAACAAGAACAUCGACAGGGAGUUACUGGAAUGGCUGAAUUUCACCGUCGUGGCCACAGACAGCGGCAACCCGUCCUUAUCCACCAGCAUCCCAAUCAACGUGCAGGUCCUGGACGUCAACGACAACAACCCUGUCUUCAACCAGUCCGAGUAUGUGACAACUGUCACAGAGAACACUGGGUCGGGGACGUUUGUCAUUAUCACACCGGCGACUGACAAGGACGUUGGGCAGUAUGGCAGUAUUACCUACAAGCUUACUGGUGGAGAUGGAUUCUUCACCAUUGACUCAACUACUGGUGAAAUCACAACGUUGCAAUCCUUGGAUCAAGAAACGCAAGGAAUCUACACACUAACGGUUACAGCGACAGACAAUGAGGGCGGUUCAGACAGCAGGCAGAACACUACAACGGUUCUUGUGUACGUUGGUGAUGUGAAUGAGCAUGCUCCGACGGUGAGUCCAAACUAUUACUUUGAUGUGGAAGAGAACUUGCCGAACCGCACUCUGGUCGGAAUCAUCGAUGCAACCGAUGCUGAUAACCCAAUGGAGACCUUCAACUUCACUUUCACCUUCGCCAAUCCCUCAGAUGGAAACGGUGUGUUCUACAUUGACCAGAAUACUGGUGAAAUAUUCACCAAUCAGCAGAUUGACUCAGACAGCACCUUGUUUGCCGAGAACUACACGUUUACUAUUCUGGUGUCCGAUAAUGGCAACCCGGCUAAAACCACCGAGACGACCACCACCAUCUACAUUAAAGACUUGAACGACAACAACCCGGCGUUUGUCAACGCUCCGUAUAACAUCACCAUAUCAGAGUUAUUUACGGGUAACGUGAUGACGGUCGAGGGCCAGGACAUCGACAAGAACUCUGUCCUGACGUACACAAUUGUCAAUGGGAACAUCAACGACACGUUCUUCAUCAAUCCAUUGACUGGAGUAAUCACCAUCUCCAACCGCUUGGACUUUGAGUCCAGGAAGAAGUACAACCUGACCAUCCUCGUUGAAGAUCAGGACGGGAGGAGCUCAACCUCCCACGCUGUGAUUAACAUCCAAGACGCUAACGAUCAGACCCCGGUGUUUGUCGGCCCACUGCCGUAUCAAUUUAACAUUGAUGAGAACGUGCCACUCGGAACCGAUGUAGGCACGAUAUUCGCCACCGACGCAGACUCCGACCCGACAAACUCGCAGCUCACCUACCACAUCACAAACGUUGUACCGUUCACGAUCAACGAGAUGACUGGACUGAUCGAGACUAGCGGAAUGUUGGAUCGUGAGACUCAAGACCGAUACCUGCUGGAUGUGCAAGUGAGGAACCAAGGUCACACGGUAGCUACUCAGGUUCUGAUCAACAUACUUGAUGUUAACGACAACACGCCAACCUUCGGAGGGGAGGAUAACAUCACCAGAAGCUUCCCAGAAAACUCUCAGGGGAAUUUCCCGAUCUACCAGCCCACGGCGACGGAUGCGGACAUCGGAGAAAAUGGACGGAUCACGUACUCCAUAGUUUCUGGGAACGUUGAAAACAUCUUCAGUAUAAACCAGAAGACAGGGGCCAUCGUUCUCUCCCGUCCCAUCACGACCCUGACCGACCUCGUCCAUAACUUCAAGCUGAUCAUUGAGGCCCGGGACAACGGUACCAACCAACUGCACAGCAACAUUACACUGAACAUGGUGGUUGGAGAUUACAAUGAUAACGGCCCAGUGUUCAUCCUCCCUAACUCUACCAUAUUGACGUUGCCUGAGAAUCAACCCAUAGGAACUUUCAUCAGCAAUGUCCUGGCCACGGACAGGGACACCGGAGCCAACGGCGUGGUCACUUACGGAUUCCUAAAUGAAGACGGAACGCAUUUUACCCUUCAAGUUAACGGGGAUGGUGCGCUCCUACUCUCAAACUUCGUUGCGGACAGAGAGAUACAGGAUCGUUACACGCUUGUGCUACUUGCAAGUGAUGGCAGUGACACCAACAGAAGAGAGACGCCACUAGAGCUGACUAUUCUCAUCACUGACGAAAACGAUAACGAACCCUUCUUUUUCAGAUUUGAUGAAAACACUGGCGUGGUCCAGUUCCUAAACAUCACAGAGCACAGCAGUUCUGGGACCUCGACCGGUAUCGUCAAUCAGGCAUCAGAUCUAGACCUUGCACCUUUCAAUAACGUCUAUUACUACAUAGUCGGUGGGAACGGCAAUGGAACCUUCAGGAUCGAUAAGAACACAGGUGAGAUCUUCGUCGUGGGAGACUUGGACCGUGAGACGACCGGCUUCCACAAUAUAAUCAUCAAAGCGACCAACAACGCCACCUACGUCCCGUCGGGCGUCUACAACGUGAAAUCUGACGUCACGCUCAAAGAAGUCCAGAUUGAGGUGAAGGACAUUAAUGAUAAUGGUCCGCAGUUCGGUCAGAAGAUCUACAUAUCAAGCAUACUCACCAACGCCGAGGAACAGACCCAGAUCUCAUGCAUCAAGGCAACGGACGUCGAUCUUGGGGAUAGCGUCGACUACACCAUUCAAUCCGUCAGCUAUACCCUGGAUGGAGAAGUAACAACAUUCGACGACACCUUCUACAUCGAGCAGGACACCGGCUGCAUCAGGAGCAACAAGAUUUUGACCGGCGUUGGCGCUGGUGGAUUCUUUGACAUCUCUGUGGUGGCUACGGAUAAAUCCGGGAAAACAGACAAUGCUAAUGUUAGGGUGUUUACCCUCGAUGAUAAACAAAAGGUGGUACUGGUCGUUGACGGCGCCAGGGAAGACGUUAUCAAACAGCAAGCAGAACUCAUUGAGAUUUUAAAGACCAUCACCGGCGGAGAAGUCGUCAUUGAUGAUGUCACAACCCUUAUCAAUGAGAACGGCGUCUUGGUCCCUGGGCAAACGAUGGUCACGUUCCACGUCAUCGAUCAAAAAACCAACUCUGCUAUCGCCGCAGCGGAGAUACUCAGGUUGAUUGAUAUCAACAGAGCGACCAUUAGCACUCUCUUCCAGCAGUAUGCAGUAGUCGAAGCCUUCGCUCUAGGAGGAGGAGCGGUAGGUGCACCAUUCGGCAUCUUAGAGGCAGCCCUCUUAGCGAUAGCUCUACUGCUCUUCCUUGGUGCUCUCAUCUUCAUCAUCAUUUUGUGCUGUCUGCAGAGAAGAUUCCUGAAGAAGAUCCACGGUAAUAGUCCAGCAGUGAUCUACGCAACGAGAGCAGACGCCGACGUCAAAGAGGCGGCUGCCUACCAAGGGUCCAACCCCCUGUGGCUUGAUACAGCGGAUAGCUACCCAGAUGAUUGGCCAGACAGCAUCUCACUCCUAGGAGGAGGCGUUAACAGAGAGUAUGAAUCUCAGGAGGCCAGCAUGGAUUUCUUCUCGGAUAUGCAAACUGAGGUUGCCCGUGACGCUCUUGUCAUGACUGCAUUGAUCAAUGAUGGUUCCAUUCAGGGCCAAGCUGGGGCAGGGCGUGUAAAGACCCUCUCCAACGGCGCUGUUGCCAGCAAUGGUAGAGUUGCCAGCAAUGGUCGAGUCACCAGCAAAGGGCGGUUGGCUGGUAGCGGAGUUACAGCCAGCAACGGAGGGUAUGGAAGUGGCGCUGGAAGGUCCAGUGCGGGAAUGGCUGGUUCAGGACGAUCCAACACAGGAAUGUCCAGCACCACUACUACUCAGUUGUCUUCAUCUGGUGCUCGAAUGGUGGACGGCAUAGAUGGCUCGGGGGGCACUUUGGCAAACCGGCUGAAUCGAGAUGGUUCGGUGACCGCCAAUCUGAACAGCGGGGUUCAAGAUGGUGGAUAUUCAGGCUCAAGUGCCAGCUAUACUUACUCCACGGUAGGUUUCGGUGGCCCUGGACCGUCCGCCAGCGGCAGUCAGAGACUGACAAAUGAGAAGGCCCACGAGAUCCGUCAGAUGCUAGAUGAGGAUGAGACCGUGGAAGCCACAUUCCUGGAUGGAACGAUGUACGGGAUUGGCGACAACUCGGCUGGCAUGGCCGCUGCCAGGGCAGUCUACAGGGAGGACGUAGAGUUUGAGAAUCAACUCAGUCCAAUCACCGAGGAGGACACCACCUCUUCUUGGUCCUCUUGGACGCGAGACAGCGAUCGAUCCGGCGGUAGACAUCCUGGCGGCACCCUGGAGAGGAACCGCACUACAGGAAGGUCCUCUAAGGACUACCAGGACCCAAUGACCAACUACACAACCUCUACCAGCGUUGAGGAGAGCUACACCCACUCCAUCAAGAAGCCUUCCCAGACAGAGUCCUCCUCAUAUUCUCGCCGGGCCAACUCCAAGACCCACUCCGCUGGGGUGCCGACAAGCAUCGGGAUGGUGACCCUGACUGAGGAGACACCAGAGAUGAUCGAUCUGGGUCCGGACGAGGAUUCCGAAGCUGAAUCAUCCAUCGUGGACGGAAGGACCUACACCUACAACGUCAUGGGUGGCGACAACGAGAGUAACCACUCCCUCUCUGGGACGUCCUCUGGGCACAGUAGCUCCAGGAGGAAAGAGACCAACAUGAUCACUCAAGAAGAUGAGGAUGACGAUGAUGAAGAUGGUGAUGUCAUCGAAGAGACGGAGACACGAAGAUCGAAGAAGACCACGAGGGCAUACACCAACAGCGGGUACAAUGACUACAUGGACGAAGAGUCCCGCUUAUAAAACGUUAAAAUCCACACAUCAAAUCAUAUUGAACAAGCUACUCCAUAUCGUCGGUUUAAAAAACAAAAUGAUUCUUGAAUUUUUGAAGAGCAUUUCUCUUGCGGCAAAUAAAAAUAUCAAAUAAUAUUUUAUAUACUUAGGCUGUUGAUGUUUGCUGGCGAACUUAUGAAGUUUCUCACGAUGAAAUUGUUUCACAGUAACUUUUCUAAAAAUCUGUCUUCAGAAUUCCGAUUUGUUACCAAAAUUUACUCUGCCCGAGGGUUUUCCCAAAUAUUUGUGGUCAUGCUUAGUGUUUAUUGCAGUUUUCUUUAAUUGUACUUAUUUAAAAACAGAGGACAUAUUUUUUGAAUUUGUAUUGUUAUAUUAAUUAGUGCUUACAAAGUACUUGUUUGUGGUGUUUGAAACCAUGACAACUUGUUUUUUAAGAGGAAACAAAUAUUGAAUAUGAAAUGAGAUGUUCAAUUUGUCGUUUGUUUUUAGAAGGAAUGGAACAUACGCAUAUUAAGAAAGUGUUGUAACUUUAAUUUUUUUUAGGUAUUUGGACUUCGCAAAUAAAUUAUUAUUUUGAUACUAUUUGGUAAUUGGACUAU